AUGGCCGCCGUCUGCAAAGCCUGUGAGGACCCCCUCAUCAUCGUCCUCGAACCGGAAAGCGACGACGAGGGUUACACCGCCGAAGACCCUCAGAACGUCCCCGACGACCUCGAGCUGCCCUGUGGCUGCCACUUCCACUGGCAAUGCCUUCUGGACCAGUCCCAAGAGAUCGCCAUAUCCCUCAACUGCCCCUCGUGCCAGAAGUACCUCCCAUCAAACGCCCAGGGUCCCUCCGUCACAAACCCCUUCCUGCACACCCCGCCCGGCACCGCCAUCCUCGCCCGCUACGUCAACGAGGGCGGCCUCCAGGACGCCCUCGACAUCCUACCCAACAUCACCGAGGAGGCCUACCUCGCCGCCAACCCGGACGCCCGCCCCGCCCGUGCCUACCACCUCAUGUGUGCUGAGGGCGACGUCCAGGGCGUUGUCGACCUCCUCCAGGACGCCAACGAGGAGCUCGCUGGCGAUGUCGCUCAGCUCGGCCAACUCAUCCGCUACCAGGACCCCCUCGCCGCUGGCAAGAGCGCCCUGCAUCUCGCCCUUGAAAAGGAGCAGGAGGAGGCCGUGUGGCUACUGCUCUGGAUCGCCUCGCCCGUCCCCACCGACGUCUUCCCCCUCUCGGCGCGCCAGGCUGCCGAGGCGCUGCAGAUCGUGCGCCUGACAAACGACAACGCCGACGAUAUUCGCGCCUUGCGCACCGACGCUGGCCAGACUGCCGAGGAUGUGGCCAGGAGCAACUCGGCCCGUUGGGGUGCCCUGAUCGAUGCCGGGAUCCUGCGCGUAUGA